AUGGAUAUGUUCAGAGGGGGAGGAUCUACCACCAUACCUCUCAUGCUUGAAGGGGAUAACUAUCCUUACUGGAAAACAAAGAUGAGGGUGUAUCUUAAAUCUGUAGACGAACAGGUUUGGAUGGCUGUAUCUGAGGGAUGGAAACCCCCAACUGAGAUUGUAGGGAAUGUUGAAAAUGCUAAGGCUGCAAGCAAGUGGACGACUGAUGAAAUUGAAAAGGCUAACUUUAAUUCUAAAGCUCUUAAUGCUAUUUUCAAUGAUAUUUCCACUAAUCAGAUGAAAGUGGUUGCAAAUUGUGAGAUUGCUAAGGAAGCAUGGGAUAAGUUGAAGACCAAGAAUGAGGGUACUGCGGCUAUCAAGAAAUCAAGACUGAGAUCUUUGGCCAGAGAAUUCAAAAACCUAACCAUGGAUGAAGAGGAUUCUAUUGCAGAUUUUCAUGCAAAGUUGUGUGAUAUUUUUAAUGAGUCAUAUGCCCUGGGAGAGACUUACUCAAACGAUAAGUUAGUCAGGAAGGUUCUUGGGUCUCUUCCGAGGAGAUUCAAAGCCAAACUCACAUCUAUUGAAGAAGUGCAUGAUGUUGAAGAUAUGGACCUGGAUGAACUGAUUGGUUCUCUACAGAAUUAUGAAUUAACCCUCAAAAGAUGGGAUAAGGGAAAGAAAGUGAAAGGCAAGGAAACUGAGAAGAAUGGGGGUAGUUUGGCUUUUGUUCUAAAAGAAACUCGUGACAAAGAAGGAGAAAUGUUUGACGCUUUAACAGAAGAGAAAGUUGCUCUCCUAACAAGGAAUUAUGCUAAGUUCUUGAGAAAGAAUACUUUUAACAACAAAGAAAAUAUCUUCAAGAAGAACUUUCCUACUAAUCAGAAAACAAAUGGUAGUUGCAGUGAGAAUUUUGAUCAGGAGAAGAAUGUUAUUGUUUUUCUCACCAAAGAAGAUAUAGUUGAAAAUGAAGUAGGGGAUAAUGAGAGCAGCUGCUUUGAAUCUGAAAGUCUUGAUCAGCAAACUGCUUAUGAGCAAAUGUAUCAACAAUGGCUGACUAUGGUUCAAAAAUUAAAAGUUCUCAAAGAACGAAAUACUUCUCUUAAAGUUGCCAACUCAAAGCUUGAAGCUGAGGUAAAACACCUGACUGAAGAAUUAGAAAAGCAGGAGGACAAGUUGACAUCUAUCGGUUACAAGCUUCUAUACAAAAAGGGAGAAAAUCUUACCAUUGGUGAGUCACGGUCACUAAGUUAUGAAUCUCUGGUUUCGUUUGUUGCAGAUAAAAUAAACACUAUCACUGAUGCAUCUGGCAAUAAGAGAGAUGGAUCUAAGAUCAUAAAAUUCUCCAAUGAAAAGAUGCAGAAGUUUGUUCCCAUUUGCCAUUUCUAUAAUCGACGUGACCAUAUUAGACCCAGAUGUUAUCUGCUUCGCUCUUACCUUAGGAACUUGGUAGGAAGACAAGCUAACACAACUAGGCCAUCUCUUGUUGAAGGUAAGGAUUCUAAGGAGGUUUGGAGACCAAAGUUAACUAGCAGCUCUCAAGAAGAAAAAGGUGUUUCUGUUCUGGUGGCUCAUACAUCACUCUUUGCCUUUAAAGAUGAUCAGUGGUACUUUGAUAGUGGUUGUUCCAAACACAUGACUGGCAACAAACAAUUGUUGAAUAACUACAAAGAAGGUACUGAAGGAAUGGUCACUUUUGGAGAUGGAAACAAGGGAGCAAUUCUUGGGAGAGGAGAUCUUGUGUUGAAAAAUCUACCCAUGGUCAAAGAUGUGCUUUUUGUUAAGGGACUAAAAGCAAAUUUCUUAAGCAUAAGUCAGCUAUGUGAUGAUCACUAUACUGUAAGUUUCUCCAAGUCCACGUGCCUGGUUAAUUCUACUGAUGGGUGUUCUCUUUUUUCUGGAACAAGAGAUUUAAGAAAGUUGAUUAGACUCAAGGCUGUUAGAGGAGUACCUGAGUUGAAAGUUAGUAGAGAAAGAGUUUGUGGUCCCUAUCAGCAAGGUAAACAAGUAAGAUCUUCUCAUCCUCCCAUUAAGAUGCUUCUCACAAAUAAAGCUCUUGAAUUGUUACACAUUGACUUGAUGGGUCCUAUGCAGACCAAAAGUCUGAAUGGAACAAGAAUUGGUACUACUCAAACAGCUUAUGAAUUGUGGAAAGGUAAAACUCCUAAUCUGAACUAUUUGAAGGUCUUUGGCUAUACGUGUUAUAUUGUGAAUGAUAAAGACUAUCUUGGAAAAUUUGACUCCAAGAGUGACAAAGAUGAUCAUGAUAAUGACAAGGAUAGUUUUGUACCUGCCUUGGUACCUCACACACAAGUUCUCAUGCCUACUAUCUCAAGUUCCCCUUCAAAUUCAUCCUCUACUGAACAUACAGAGCCGUUUAAAGAAUCUGAAGAUGUGGUUAUUGACAGUACGGGGUCUGAACAAAGAAAGGUUGCUAAUGAAAUUUCCCACUUAUGUUAUCUGUCUAACUUUGAACCAAAGAAUGUUAAACAAGAUCUCUCUAAUGAGCAUUGGGUUGCUGCAAUGCAAGAAGAACUAUUGCAGUUUCAAAGAAAUGGGGUAUGGGAUUUGGUGGUCAGACCAGAAGGGAAGAAUAUUGUUGAAGGCAUUGAUUUUGAAGAAACCUUUGCACCUGUUGCUCGCCUUGAAUCUAUUCGGUUACUUCUUGCUAUAGCUUGUCAGUUACAUAUCAAACUUCAUCAAAUGGAUAUGAAGAGUGCCUUUUUAAAUGGAUUACUUCAAGAAGAGGUCUAUGUUGAGCAACCUCGGGGAUUCAUAGAUCCUCAUUUUCCUCAUCAUGUCUACAAGCUUAAGAAGGCCUUGUAUGGUCUGAAGCAAGCACCAAGGGCUUGGUAUGAAAAACUCACCUCUUACCUUCUCACUCAUGGUUUUAUUAAGGGCAAUGCUGAUCAAACACUUUUUAUAAAACAUCUUCCCAAAGGUAUAUUCAUUGCUCAGAUUUAUGUUGAUGAUAUUAUUUUUGGUUCUACCUGUCCUAAUGAAAUUCCUCAAUUUGUUGACAUUAUGAAAAAUGAGUUUGAGAUGAGUAUGAUUGGUGAUUUGAGUUUCUUUCAAGGAUUGCAAAUUCGCCAGUUAGACAAUGGAAUUUUUCUUUCUCAGACCAAGUAUGCUCUAAACAUGUUAAAAAAAAUUAGGUUAGAAAAAUCUAAACAUGCUAAGACACCCAUAGGUACCACAAUAAAGCUCUCACGAGAUGUAUCUAGGAAACCUGUUGAUCCAACUCUGUUCCAUAGUAUGAUAGAUAGUCUUCUCUAUCUUACUGCUAGUCGACCAGAUAUAUGUUUUAGUGUUGGUCUAUGUGCUAGAUAUCAGUCUAACCCCACUGGGUCUCAUUUCACUGCUGUUAAACGAAUCAUGAAAUAUGUUGCUGGUACCUUAGAGUUAGGUCUAUGGUAUACGUGUGACACUAACAUGUCACUCGUUGGUUAUAGUGAUUCUGAUUGGGCUGGGAGUCUAGAUGAUAGGAAAAGCACAUCUGGUGGGUGUUUUUAUCUUGGGAACAAUCUUGUCUCUUGGUUGAGUAAAAAACAAAAUUCUAUUUCCUUGUCCACUACUGAGGCUGAAUAUAUAGCUACUGAAAAGGCUACCUUUGUUGGAUGCAAUGGGAAGAGCUAUCUUGUGGUCCACUAUUCAUUUAGUAGUUUGCUCCUUCUCAUUUGGCUUUUUCUGACUAAAGAUGACGGCUACAUCUCUGACAAAGAGUGA